GAUGUUUGCCAGCCUAAGAACUUCAGAUUUGUUUUAAAGCUUUCAGGGAAUGUGAACAAUAUGUUGUAUAUGUUAUUGAAAGUAUUGGUGGAGGACUAUGUCCAGAGCUUACAUAAACGUUUCCUUAAGGUAUAAGUUUGAAAUCUGUUGUAAGAUGUGAGUUUGAUGGUAUUGUUGUUUUGGUUUGGGUUUUUUAACUUUGUUUUUGUUUUAAUUUCAGGGAAAGCUCAGGCAGAAGGUGGAUCAGCUAGGACAUCACUUCUUAUUUUAGUGUCCAUCUUCUUAUCAGCUGCUUUCCUUAUGUUCCUGGUAUAUAAAAAUUUCCCUCAACUUAGUGAGGAAGAAAGAGAAUGUAUAAAAGUUCCUAGAGAUAUGGAUGAUGCAAAGGCCUUGGGAAAAGUCCUGUCCAAAUAUAAGGACACAUUUUAUGUUCAAGUAUUAGUGGCUUAUUUUGCUACGUAUGUUUUCUUGCAAACAUUUGCUAUUCCCGGGUCUAUAUUUCUCAGUAUCCUGUCAGGGUUUCUUUAUCCCUUUCCGCUGGCCUUAUUUCUUGUUUGUCUGUGCUCAGGACUUGGAGCUUCAUUCUGCUAUAUGCUUUCGUAUCUAGUGGGACGUCCUGUUGUAUACAGAUACUUAACAGAAAAAGCAGUAAAAUGGUCAGAACAGGUUGAACGACACAGAGAACACCUCAUUAACUACAUAAUAUUUUUGAGAAUAACACCUUUCCUUCCCAAUUGGUUUAUCAAUAUAACAUCCCCUGUCAUUAAUGUACCAUUGAAAGUAUUUUUCAUUGGCACUUUUUUAGGUGUGGCACCACCAUCUUUUGUAGCCAUUAAGGCAGGAACGACGCUGUACCAACUUACAACAGCAGGGGAAGCUGUUUCCUGGAACUCUGUUUUUGUUCUCAUGAUUCUAGCCAUCCUCUCCAUCCUACCAGCUGUCUUCCAGAAGAAACUGAAACAGAAGUUUGAAUAAGAAUCAGACUGGACCAGAAUUUCCCAUACUUCAUCUCAGGAUCAGCACUUCUGAUAUUUGUAUAUUUGCUUUUCUAUUGGAUCUUAAGCAGUUAAAGGGGAGGCCUGUAAUUGAUAAUAAUGUCUUUAAAUGAGCACAUGGCCUAAAAUUGAAGGAACUGUGUUCAGAAAUGUACUGCAUAUAGUUUUGUAACCAAAACACCAGUGUUUUACUUUGAGAGGGUGUGUGUGUGGUCUUCAGGAUGAGGGAAGUGAAAACACAGAUGUAACAUUUUGCUCUGAUUACGUGCAGAGCAAGAAUCGUCAUGUAGACAAACUACAGCUAACGCUUUCUAAAACUUGCAGAAAAACCCCUUAAUUAUUCAGUUCCAUUUUGUAACAUUAUCUAUAGGCUUGCAUGUGAUCUGGUCUUGAAUACAUUUCUCCUCAACAAUAUUUCUCUUUUUUUGCCUUUGGGAGUUCCAAAAUAAUAGCAUAAUAUAAUAACGGUGCUCACUUAGAAAGAAAAGGGUUUUGCAGUACUUUAACUACAAUGAUAUUCUCAUCCUGAUUGUUUACUUCUAUUUAUUAGUGCUGUGUGGAUUUAAAUACUUGAACCUACAUCUGCUUUACUAACUGGAUUAACAAAGGCAGAGUGUCACAUCAUUCCCUCUUGUCCUCAGUAGUUUUAUUCUGGGAGAGGAUAUAGGAAGGGAGAGAGCAGGUUAGACUUUUUAUCAUGGCUGGCUGAUGAUUCUGAAGUUCUAAUUUUGAUUUUUUUAAAUGUUGAUAAUUUUGCCAGUAUUUCACUUGUAUAGAUUUAUCCUGCCAAUUUAAGAAAAUGGUCAUGUGACUAUAUAAAACUUUCAGUUCUCAAGUGAUUUGAAAACGUUUAAGCAGUGUAAUCUUAGCAUUUCUCAAGCAAUAUGUAAAGAGUAUGAAAUUUUCCAUUGCAGCUCAAUUAGCUAGAAGAAAUGUCAGGUACACAGAUUGGUGCAGUUCUUAUUGGAGAGCUGAUUCCAAAUAAUCUUCAAAGCAUUAUGCAACAGAAGGGUCUUGUGUCGGUGUAUAUAAAAUUGAAAAGAUGAUUCUGUUGUCUUAAGUCAGUAGCUGGCAGUAGGCAAUCAGCUCAGCUAUGAUUUGCCUUUAGGUAUAAGCACAUACAUUCACUCAACAAGGUAUAUGAUACCUCCUCUUGUAUGCUUUGUAACUGUUGUAGUUUGUUGUAUUGUCAGUGAAAUCCCAUAAAAUGAGGCCCUGGUCAUCAAGGAACUGGGGUGCCCAUUUAAGUUUUAUCCUACUGAAAGCAGUGCUGCUUACAAAUGCUUUAAGUUGGUGCCCCUGAAGUAUCUUGCUGAUAUGGGAGUUGACACAUUAGCAUGUGCUCCAACUGAAGGGUUUAUUUGUCUGUAUCCUCAUCUUAACUCAUCGUAUGAUAGAUCAUUGAGAUGUAACAGAACAGUUCCAUAAAUUUGAUAAUGUGAAAGGUACUGGUACCUUUAAAGGGUUUUGGUUUUUUUUCUAACAUAAUGUUAAGUGACUCCUUCAUUUCAUCACAGUAUUACAUGUAAAUAGAUAGUAAAUAUUGUUGAUACACUAUUUGUCUUUUAUUUAAAUCCAGUCUGCACAGUAAGUGGUAUUUUUUUUUACAUUGGUAAAGGAAUUCAUAUCACUUCUGUUUGCAAGUUUAUUGUAUGAUCAUUUAGCUUCAGCAAUUGUUUUGUUGCUUAGAAUUUACUCUAAAAGUGUGCUUUAUUGGCAUUUAAGACUGAAGAGUGAUUAUUUUUAUUGCUGCAGUUCUAAUUUCAGAGGUCAUCUACCCAGGGGCUUUAUUCCGUAGUAAACUUGUGUGAAUUUAGCUGUUGUGAGCAAGCAUCCCCUGGAUUGUUGAGUGUGAAGUUGCUGUAGAUUUACAGCCUACUCUUUCUGCAUAGUUGAUUUUUCAUGCAGAUGAAUUCUCAGAAUAAAUUACCUACUACUUAUUGUCAUUUUCUCAAAA